AUGGACCUGCUGCACAGUGCUGGGGUGCAGGUGGUACAGUACCUGCAGGAGAACUACCAGGGCUCCCAGGACUGGUUCCUCUUCAUCUCCUUCGCUGCCGACCUUAAAACCACCUUCUUCAUCCUCUUCCCCAUCUGGUUCCACCUCUGCGAGGCGGUGGGCGUCAAGCUGAUCUGGGUGGCCGUGAUUGGGGACUGGCUCAACUUGGUCUUUAAGUGGGGAGUGAUGCUCUUUGGGCAGAGACCCUACUGGUGGGUCCGGGAGACCGGUUACUAUGGCAACACCUCCACCCCUGUGAUCCAGCAGUUCCCCCUCACCUGUGAGACCGGCCCAGGAAGCCCCACAGGCCACGCCAUGGAUUCUGCUGGAAUCUACUACGUCAUGGUGACUGCCCUGCUGCCCGGCCUCCUGGGCACCCAACACAGGUCCUGUGCAGCCAGGUGCCUCCGCGGCCUCCUGUGGCUAGUGUUCUGGGCCGUGCAGGUCUGCGUCUGCUUGUCCCAAGCCUUCCUAGCAGCUCACUUCCCCCAUCAGGUGAUGGCAGGUAUCAUCUCAGGUGAUGUAGACAUACCUAUGGAGACUUUUCCGCCCCUGGCAGAAGCAUUUGACCACAUCCCCGCCAUCUACAGCGCCAGUCUCCGGAGGUACCUGGGCACCACCCUCUUCCUGUUCAGCUUCGCCCUGGGGUGCUACCUGCUGCUGAAGGCUCUCGGUGUUGACCUGCUGUGGACCCUGGAGAAAGCCAAGAGGUGGUGUGACCGGCCGGAGUGGGUCCACAUUGACACCACCCCCUUCGCCGGCCUCCUCAGGAACCUGGGGAUCCUGUUUGGGCUGGGGCUGGCCCUCAACUCCCAGAUGUACCUGGAGAGCUGCAAAGGGAAAAUGGGCCAGCAGCUGCCCUUCCGCCUGAGCUGCAUCGUGGCCUCGCUCCUCCUCCUGCACCUCUUCGACUCCUUUGACCUCCCCACGGAUAGAGAGCUACUGUUCUACGUCCUGUCCUUCUGCACGAGCACCGCUGCCCACCUGUGUGUGGUGGCACUCAUCCCCUACUGCAUUGCCCAGGUGCUCAGGAGGGGCCACAAGAAGAUGCUGUAG